GAGCGCCAUCUGUAUGUCAUUGGCUGCACGGCACCCAGUGGUUGGUGUGUUUAUAAUCAGCUGCUGUUAGUUGCAUGCUGUAGUAAAGUCCAGUUGAGCUGUCACAACGCGAACCUGAAGAUGUCUGCAGCAAGAAACAGGGUUUUUGUUGUUGGGGUGGGAAUGACAAAGUUUGAAAAGCCGGGUGCGAGAGACAUCGAUUACCCAGACAUGGCUAAAGAAGCAGGGGAGAGAGCGCUGACUGAUGCUGGAAUCAAGUACACUGACGUCCAGCAAGCAUGUGUAGGCUACGUGUAUGGUGACUCGACAUGUGGCCAAAGGGCUAUUUAUCACAGUCUGGGUCUGUCGGGGAUCCCAAUAAUUAAUGUCAACAAUAACUGCUCUACCGGCUCCACAGCACUGUUUAUGGCCCGACAGCUCGUUCAGGGAGGUUUGGCCGAUUGUGUUCUUUCCUUGGGCUUUGAGAAGAUGGAAAGAGGUUCACUAUCCUCAAAGUACAUGGACAGAACCAACCCUAUGGACAAGCACAUGGAGGUGAUGAUCAACUGUUAUGGGAUGGCGGCAGCACCAGCUGCACCUCAGAUGUUCGGCAACGCUGGUAGAGAACACAUGGAGAAGUACGGCACAAAACCGGAGCAUUUUGCCAAAAUUGCUUGGAAGAACCAUAAGCAUUCCACUAAUAAUCCAUACUCUCAGUUUCGGGAUGAAUAUAGUCUGGAGCAGGUCAUUAACUCCAGGAAGGUCUUUGAGUUCCUCACACUCUUGCAAUGUUGCCCUACGUCAGAUGGAGCAGGAGCUGCAGUGCUGGCCAGUGAGAAGUUUGUGAGGAGGAACGGAUUGGAGAAAAAGGCUGUAGAGAUCAUUGCUCAAGAAAUGGUCACAGACCUCAGCACUACCUUUGAGGAAAACAGCUGUAUGAAAAUGGUUGGCUAUGACAUGACCCGCCUUGCAGCUAAGAAGUGCUUUGAGACAGCUGGUCUGAAGGCUUCAGAUGUUGAUGUCAUUGAGCUGCAUGACUGCUUCUCUGCCAAUGAGCUCAUCACCUAUGAAGCUCUUGGACUGUGUCCAGAGGGUAAAGCUGGUGAGCUGAUUGAUCGGGGUGAUAAUACAUAUGGUGGCAAAUGGGUGAUAAACCCCAGUGGAGGACUCAUCUCAAAAGGACACCCACUUGGAGCUACAGGUCUGGCUCAGUGUGCAGAGCUGUGCUGGCAGCUGAGGGGGGAGGCGGGGCCUCGGCAGGUCCCCAGGGCAAAGGUUGCCCUGCAGCACAACAUUGGUCUUGGUGGGGCGGUGGUGGUCACUCUCUACAGGAUGGGCUUCCCUCAAGAAACAAGCUCUAGGAUCGCUGCAGUGCCCACCAGCGCAUCCACUGACCUCAAAGGCUUCAAAACUCACACUGUCUUUAAGGAGAUAGAGAAGAAGCUGCAGGAGGAGGGUGAGGCGUUUGUAAAGAAAAUUGGAGGUGUUUUCGCCUUCAAAGUGAAGGAUGGUCCAGGUGGAAAUGAAGCAUUAUGGGUUGUGGAUGUAAAAAAUGGCAAAGGCUCGGUGACCAAUGAUGAAGGUAAAAAGGCUGACUGCACCAUCUCUAUGGCAGACUCAGAUCUGCUUGAUUUGAUGACGGGGCAAAUAAAUCCACAGACGGCAUUUUUCCAAGGAAAACUAAAGAUAACUGGAAAUAUGGGAAUGGCCAUGAAACUUCAAAACCUUCAGCUGACAACUGGAAAAGCCAAACUGUGAAAUCACGUCUCUUGAUGAACAGGAAAAUGGGACAAAUUCAUCCAAAUGUGUUGUGUGGAGAGAUGCUAGAAUAGUUAAUCAAUUUCUAAAGAUAAUGUUUGCUAAAAUUGUAUUAAGUCUGUUGUGUCACUGCAUAAACAUAACUGCAUAAAGCAUACUGUAUGUUACUAACAUACCUGAAAGACACAUCUUAAAAAUGGUCCUGUACAAUAAGUAAAGCUCAUUUGGAUGAAGAAAUACUGAUAAUAUUGCUGUUGUAGAUCAUAAUAAUAUUAACCUUUGGCAAGCGCAAGAGUGCUAAAAGUACAAAUUAAGUAAAACUAACAAGAACUGUCAUUUCCUCAGGGAAGAUAUCACAAAAAGUCAAAGUAAACUGACCUCAAAUCUGCUUUAUUUAGUUGUGAUUAGUUAAUCACAACUUGAAUCUUGCAGAUGAACACUGAGACCUCUUUUUCCCCCUGAAUUUUAUAACACCACUGGCUUUAAAAUGUGCAUAUAGACUUAUAUCAGUUUAAUUAUUGUAAUUCUACAAAGACUUACUUGGGACCUUCAUAUCUACUUUGUAGUGUCAAUUAAAUUAAAUUAAGAUACAAGUAGAGAGUAACAGACCUUAAUACUGAAAUUCUCAUUGAAUCUUCAAAGAUAUAUUGGGUAUAUAAUCAUUUUUAAAGCAUUUUGUAUAAUUGUAUAUUAAUUAAGUUUGUAAAAAGACACAUUUCUAAUAAAUACUCAAUUUACUUCAAAA